CCAGAAUAGCAUGUGAAUAAUAAAAAACAUAAUUUUUUUAUAACGUACCAGCAUUUUUCUUUGUAUAUUCAACGUGACAAAUCUUGGUCAAUUAUUAAUUUUUUUUAAAAAAUUUGUUUUUGUUAUUGAUGUUGUUUCACUUGCCUGAAAUAUUCAGUUUACAAUUAUUAAUACGUCAAAAUGUGAAUGACUUAAAAUAGUUAUAAAAACACGAAUAAGAAUGUCUCUGACGUUGAUGUGGCUUCUUGUUGCUGGUUCAAUUUUCUUAGCUUUGGAUUUUCUUAUUUUUGUUGCGUACAUAAUUUGGAGACAGAAAAAGCAAAAGAAUAAAGAAAUUAAAACUGAAGAUGAAUUUGAGAACUUAUUAGAUAUUAACCCAAAUGAAAUGACAAAGAAAAACAUGUGGAUAAAUAUGUCAGAUUCUGACGGUUUUCUUAUUCCUUGCAAAACGAUAGAAAUAAAAGGAGACAAAAGAAGGCUUCGGCCCAAGAAAAUUCCAUUUACAAAAGAAAAGGAAGAUGGUUAUCUUGAUGCAACCCAAUAUGAUUUUAGGACAAGAAAACGUCAGAGUGGAUUACCAAUGGUUUCGUUUGAACUUUUUUACCGAAUUGGUGAACUAAAAGUCAUUAUAAGAAAAGGAAAACAGCUGAUUGGUGAUCGAUUCUCAAUAAGUGUUAUGCUAUCUAAUUCUACUUUGAGUUAUAACACAAGCCAUGUCAACGGACCUGACCCAGUUUUUAAUGAAACUUUCCGUUUUCCAUUACAAAUAGAAGACAUCUCAGCAGACCCUCCAGUUCAAUUAAAACUAAAUAUUUGGUCACUUGAAAAAUUAUCAGAAGAAAAAAAACCUUUUGGUUUAGUUAAAGCCUCUGUUGAAGAAAUACUUAUUAAAUACGGUUUAAUGCCCGCUCAAGGUAAAGGAAUAGUAUGGGAAAAUGUUGAACGAUGUACCACACUUACUGAGAAUCAGCAAGGUAAUUUAUCGACUGAAGUAUUUAUUCAUUUGGGUUAUUUGUCAGCAGCGCGACGUAUAGUUGUUUUGUUAAGUGAAGUAAAGAAUCUAAUUUUAAAACCAAACGAUAAAUUAAUAGUUGGCGUUAUCUCUUUAAUUUAUCGAGACAGCGAAAAAAAAACUUUUACAAGUACUGGUAUAAAAGCUGAAAGUAAUAUAAAAUUUAGAGAAGAAUUUGUUUUUCAUCUAUCUGAGUUUCCUAACCUUGGAAUCGAUGGAUUGGCAAUUUGUAUUGAGCUUCAAGCAGUUCAAAAUAAACUUUUAUCAAAACCACGCAACCUUGGCAGCGUGACUGUUGGAAAUUCGGAAAAAGCAGAAAGGACUGGAAGAGAACAUUGGGCUAGAAUGUUAACAUCUGGGUCAUCGGUUUCGAAAUGGCAUACAAUUCAAGAGCCUUAUGUAUUAGUAAAUAAUUAAUGUAAAAAAAUUAAAAAAUAUUUAUUAUUCGAAAGAUAAUUUUAAAA